AUUUUAAAAACUCAAAUAUAUUGUAAUAAAGAAGAGAACGUCCCAACAAAGACGUCGUCCUUAUAUAAAGCCACCCACACCCCUUUAGCUUCUCUCACCAUCAUAAUUCAUCAUCAUCAUCUCUCUCUCUCUUAAUCCAAACACAAUGGCUGUUUCUUUAUCUCCUUGGGCUCUCGUGGCUCUGUUCCUUUUGGCUUCUUCUACGGUGAUGGCGAUUCCUCCACGGAAGGCCAUCGAUGUGCCAUUCGGCCGUAACUACGUCCCAACUUGGGCAUUUGACCACCAGAAGCAACUCAAUGGCGGUUCUGAACUACAGCUCAUCCUCGACAAAUACACUGGGACAGGGUUUCAAUCUAAAGGGUCAUAUUUGUUCGGACAUUUUAGUAUGCACAUAAAGCUGCCGGCUGGUGACACCGCCGGAGUUGUCACAGCUUUCUAUCUGUCGUCGACCAACAACGAGCAUGAUGAGAUAGACUUCGAAUUUCUUGGGAACAGAACAGGACAACCAGCGAUACUGCAGACGAAUGUUUUCACAGGUGGAAACGGGAACAGAGAACAACGGAUCUAUCUCUGGUUCGACCCUUCAAAGGGUUAUCACACUUACUCCAUCCUCUGGAAUCUCUACCAAAUUGUAUUUUUUGUUGACAACAUACCUAUCCGUGUGUUCAAGAACGCUAAGGAUCUUGGAGUACGUUUCCCAUUCAACCAACCGAUGAAACUGUAUUCGAGCCUUUGGAACGCAGAUGAUUGGGCCACAAGGGGUGGUUUAGAGAAAACCAAUUGGGCCAAUGCACCUUUCAUAGCAUCCUAUAGAGGAUUCCACAUCGACGGUUGCCAAGCUUCUGUGGAGGCCAAGUACUGUGCGACUCAAGGCCGCAUGUGGUGGGACCAGAAUGAGUUCCGUGACCUUGACGCCUACCAAUAUCGUCGUCUCAAAUGGGUCCGCAUGAAGUGGACCAUCUACAACUACUGUACCGACCGGACUAGGUUCCCGGUUAUGCCAGCGGAAUGUAAAAGGGACAGAGACGUGUGAAUGCUAAAAGGUUUCCAAUGAUUCGGGUGAUUAAUUUAUUAUAAAUACUAUGCUUCUGUUCAGGAGAUUGAUAUAUGUAUGUUUGUUGGCCCGUUAUGAUUAUGCAUUGUUUGGCCCUAUAUCUACAUGUUAUUAUUCUAUUGUUUAGCUAUGCUUCUUAUAAAUUAUAUGAUUUUAUAUGAUCUAUUAUUCUUAACAAGAUAAAAAAGGGGAUUUAAAACAUUCAACUUCACCGGCCGCCUUAUUC